AGCGGAAGCGGACGUGCUACUUGUAUCUGCGUUUACCUGGCCGUUCAAGCUUUUCGGAUCUCUUGCUGACAUUAGUUUUCCAGUUCAGUGUUUUCUUGUUAUAGCUGUCCGUGUGAUGGCUAAAAUCGUGAUGUGUGAGACGCUUGAGCUCUACAAUAUCCUCAAUCAGUGCCGACGUGUGCCCAGACUCGCAGAGAUCAACUACCUGUGUUUGAUUGAUGCUAAUGAAGCCAAAGAUUACUACAGGAGUCACAUCAUAACUGCUAAAAAUGCUAAAAUGGACUCAGAGGGGACAUUCCUUCUUCCAGAGCUGGUGGAGGUUGAAAGUAUGCGGCAUGUGGUGGUCUACGACAACAACACAAGCUCUUUACAGGAGCAAGGCAGAGCAACUUCAUGUGCCCAAGUGUUCGCUAAGGCUAGCCUCAAUCCAGUCAAGAUAUUGAGAGGAGGCUUUCAGAGAUUCUCAGCUCAAUACCCUUUUUUGAGGACUGAGAAAAUCCUGAACACCAUCAUGGAAGACUCCUUCAAAGUGUUCCGUGGCACAGUUGCUCACGCUCCUCCUGAGUGGUACAGCUGUUGCAGCUACAGUGCUGGUCCUACAACAGUGUGGCAGCUGGGAGUGCUACUUUAUGAAAGCCUCCACAGAAAACAGUUUGAGACCCAAGAGUUUAUCAGGCACAAACUAAAGAUCAGCAACAGGCUCUCAAAAAGUAAAAUGGGUACAGAGUGGUACAUUCCAUUCACCUGCGGCACUGGUUCUGCUACGGUGUGGAGAGGACUGAAUACAAUCACCAGAUGGAGUACAGCGAGCAGAGAAGGCCCAGAGUCUGGAGACCAGUCUGAUUUAUAUUCAAGCUUUGAAAGGAUCUGCAAUUUUGUUAGUUCCCACAUCAACAUGGGCUCUCGUGUCCUGAUAGUUUCCAGGCAAGGCAGAAGCCGCGCCAGCGCAGUGGCCAUUGCAUUUCUCAUCCAUAACCUCAAAUACACACUAAAGGAGGCCUGGACGCAUAUGCUCAAAUGUAAACCCAUCAUGAGGCCAAACACAGGUUUUCUGCAGCAGUUGUCCAACUGGGAGCUUCACACUUUGGGAACAACAACGACUGAUUUUGUCUCGAUCACAUUUUUAACAAAAGAAGAAUUUUUUUAGUCAUCUGAACUCUGGAUUCUGUAUAUGUGGCCCAUGUAACAUUUAAAAUAUCUGAUAUACCUA